AUGGGACAUUACAAAACAUUUGGAAUGAAAUUGCCCAUCUGGGCUUCAUCAAUCUUGUGUUUGAUAUGUUUUUCUGCAGCAUUUGAUCCAGUAGACAAUUACCUCGUCAACUGCGGAUCACACACCGAUACUUCAGUGGGUGAUCGAGUAUUCAUGUCCGACCACUCGGCCUCGGCUUUCCUCUCUGGGCCGCGCGCGGGGUAUACUUCUGCGAGCACCGCCGCGGUGCCUAAAUCCAUCGCGUCCUCUGCAGACUUGCCUCUUUAUCAAACAGCAGCAAUCUUCUCAGAGACCUCGACAUACACAUUUCCAAUCCGGCAGAGGGGGAGACACUGGAUCCGCCUCUACUUCUUCCCAUUUGAUUAUGGAAAUUACAAAAUGAGUACUGCUGCCAAUUUCUCUGUGUCUGCCCAAAACCACUUACUCAUUUACAACUUCAAUUCCAAUAAGAGCACUUCCACUCUCGAGGAAUACUCCAUGAAUGUUAACUCUGACACUCUUGUCAUCACCUUCGCUCCUACCCAAUAUUCGUUCGCAUUUAUAAACGCAUUGGAAGUCGUUUCCUGCCCUGAUGAACUCUUCGCAAACCGCAGAGUUAACUCCCUUUCGUUGCAACCCUUCGGAGGCCUUUCGACCCAGGCACUGGAGACCAUUGCACGAGUUAAUGUUGGCGGGCCAACAAUAUUCGCGCAGAAUGAUACCCUGCAUCGAACUUGGACGGCGGACAAAAAUUUCCUGAUCCAACCGAAUUCAGCCACAUACGUGUCAAAUAUUACCGCCGUCAAGUUCAUAGUUGGUGGACCAACAAAAAAUAUUGCACCUGAACUAGUGUAUGGAAGUGCUGCGAUAAUAAACUCGUCAACUAAUCCCAAAUACAUUUCAGAUGUUACAUGGGGAUUUGUAGUGGAUCCGGGAUUUCAGUACCUUCUGCGGUUUCACUUGUGUGAUAUAGUGGGUGAAGCUCAAAAGAAGAUUUCUUUCAAUAUUUUUGCCGACUCUUCGAUCGUUGUUCAAGAUGCUGAUUUGAGUGCUUUUAGAGCCAAUGAUUUGGGCGUUCCUUAUUAUUUGGAUAUUAUUACCAACGUACUUGAAAGCGUUUUGUUUUGUGCAAGUUUCAGUCCUUUCUUUUCUCGCAUAGAUAAUCCCAUUGCCAUUCUAAAUGGGAUUGAGAUCAUGAAAAUGAACAACUCUUUGGGCAAUCUGAGUGGAGGAGCCUUGGACACAAAUCCAAACAAUGGUAAGAAAGUGGGCCGUGUGAUAAUGGGUGUGAGUAUUGGGGUAAUUGUUGUUGCUACUCUUGUUGCAUUAUUUUUCUUUAUGACAAGCAAAAGAAGAAACAAAUUGGCAGCCCAAGGAAAUUCAAGAAUGACGACUUCAUUGUUCGAGGUUCGAAGAAAUGCAUGUAAUGCCAACAGCGAGUAUAGUUCGAAGUAUCGCUUCCCUUUAUUGGCAAUUAGAGAGGCCACAAACAAUUUUGAUGAAACUUUGGUGGUUGGAGUUGGUGGGUUUGGGAAGGUUUACAAAGGAGUUUUAACAGAUGGCACAAGAGUGGCAGUUAAAAAAUCAAACCCUCAAUCUCAACAAGGCAUUGUAGAGUUUCAAAAUGAGCUUGAGUUGCUAUCACAAUUUCGUCACCGUCAUUUGGUUUCGUUAAUUGGGUAUUGUGAUGAAAUGAAUGAGAUGAUUUUGGUUUAUGAAUAUAUGCAAAAUGGGAGCCUUGAAAGUCAUCUUUUUGGCUCGAAUAUACUUUGUUUGAGUUGGAAACAAAGACUCGAGAUAUGCAUUGGAGCAGCUAGAGGUCUUCAUUAUCUUCAUACUGGUUUUGUAAGACCAGUCAUUCAUCGUGAUGUAAAGUCUGCAAAUAUUUUACUUGAUGAAAAUUUUAAUGCUAGGGUUGCAGAUUUUGGAAUUUCAAGGACAAUACUUAGGAAUGAUCAAACCCACAUCAGUACAGUAGUGAGAGGGACAUUUGGCUACAUUGAUCCUGAAUAUUUCACAAAGCAACAACUCACGACAAAAUCCGAUGUAUAUUCGUUCGGGGUGGUUUUAUUUGAAGUUCUUUGCGCAAGACUUAUGUUAGAUUCAUCCCUUUUCGAAGAAAUGGAGGACUUAGCGCAAUGGACCAUAAAGCAACAAAAGGCAGGAAAAUUAGAACAAAUGAUAGAUCCACAUCUGUUUGGUCAAAUAAGAUCAAACUCACUUGUGAAGUUUGUAGAGAUAGCUGAGAAAUGUUUGACUAAAACUGCUGUUAAUAGGCCUACUAUGGAAGAAGUCUUGUUUAAUUUAGAGGAUGCGCUUCAGCUUCAAGAGGAUGUUAUUGUUCAAGGUGAUCAAGAAGUGAAUACUUCUGAUGGAGUUGAUGAGCAUUCUUCCCAAGUUAGUAUUUCAAGUCAAAUCGAUGUUAGCGCUUUUGGUGGAUAA